AUGGUACAUACGAGUCUGGAUAAAAUCAUUGCUCUACAAAGGAAAACCUCUCAUAUUAGGAAUCUGUGUAUCCUAGCCCACGUGGAUCAUGGGAAAACAACGCUGGCAGAUUGUCUGGUUGCAAGCAAUGGCAUCAUAUCCAGUCGCUUAGCAGGAAAGCUGAGGUAUCUGGACAGCAGAGAAGAUGAGCAGAUCAGAGGGAUAACAAUGAAAUCAAGUGCGAUAUCAUUACACUAUGCGACUGGUGAAGAGGAGUAUCUCAUAAAUCUGAUUGACUCUCCUGGUCAUGUAGACUUUUCCUCAGAAGUAUCCACAGCUGUCAGAUUGUGUGAUGGAGCAAUUGUUGUUGUUGAUGCAGUGGAAGGAGUUUGUCCGCAGACACAAGUUGUUUUACGUCAAGCGUGGCUCGAGAACAUCCGUCCUGUUUUGGUUAUAAACAAAAUAGACAGGUUGAUCAUAGAGCUGAAACUCACUUCACAAGAGGCCUACACACACCUACAGAAAAUAUUAGAGCAGGUUAAUGCAGUGACAGGCGCUUUGUUUACCUCUAAAGUGCUGGAGGAGAGGGCGGAGAAAGCUGCUGAGGAGGAGGGCAGCUCUGUAAACAGUGACGGGGAACAGGUAUAUGACUGGAGUGCAGGGCUGGAGGAAACAGAUGACUCACACCUGUACUUCUCCCCUGAUCAAGGCAAUGUGGUGUUUGCCAGUGCUAUUGAUGGCUGGGGCUUCAGUAUUCAUCAGUUUGCCCAGAUCUACAGUCAGAAAAUGGGCAUUCGCUCAGAUGUUCUGUUGAAGACUCUAUGGGGAGACUUCUACCUCAAUGCCAAAGCCAAAAAGAUCAUGAAGGGCGCUCAGUCAAAAGGGAAGAAGCCUUUGUUUGUGCAGCUCGUCUUAGACAACAUUUGGAGUUUAUACGAAAAUGUGGUCACUCGAAGAGAUAAAGAGAAGGUGGAGAAGAUGGUGACCUCGCUUGGGGUAAAGGUCACAGCCCGUGACCUUCGCCACUCUGACCCUAAAGUGCUUUUGAGUGCCAUCUGUAGCCAGUGGCUGCCUGUGUCCCGUGCAGUGCUCUCGAUGGUGUGUGAGAAAUUACCCAGCCCUUUAGACAUCUCAGCCGAGAGAGUGGAGAAACUCAUGAGUGUGGGAUCACGGAGGUUUGACUCUCUGCCUGACCAGACUCAGCAGCUCAAAAAUGCGUUCUUGAAGUGUGGAAAUGACAAUUCAGCACCAGUUAUUGUGUUUGUGUCAAAGAUGUUUUCAGUGGACUCCAAGGCCCUACCGCAGAACAAACAGAGGCCACUGACACAGGAGGAAAUCUCCCAACGGCGUGAGCUGGCCAGACAGAGGCAUGCACAGAGACAGGCAGCCAAUCAAGACCCGGAAAACACAGCCAAUCAAGAUGUGGAAAACACAGAGACAGCCAAUACUGGAGCAGCGACACAGACAGCAGGCGUCAACAGCUCCCUUAACAGCACAGAUACACUGUGUGCUCAGGCAGAGGCACUGUCAGUGAAAAGUACGGGACCAGAGGAGGAAGACUGGAAGGAGCACUUUGUGGCGUUUGCGAGGGUCUACAGUGGAAUAGUCAAGAAAGGCCAAAAGGCGUUUGUGCUCGGACCCAAAUAUGACCCGGCACUCGCUCUCAAGUCGCUACCUGAGGGUUGUUCUGUAACCGAGGACUUUCCCUCCGUGCCUCACAUGGCGUGCUGUACGCUGGACAAUCUCUACCUGCUCAUGGGCCGAGAGCUGGAGGAAUUGGAGGAGGUUCCGUCAGGGAACGUUUUGGGGAUUGGAGGGAUGGAAGAUUUCAUCCUAAAAUCUGCCACGAUUUCCACCUCUCCUGCCUGUCCUCCCUUCACACCACUUAACUUUGAGGCCACGCCCAUUGUACGAGUUGCUGUUGAACCCAAACACCCCAGUGAGAUGCCAAAGCUGGUUCGUGGGAUGAAGCUGUUAAACCAGGCUGACCCGUGUGUAGAGGUGCUGAUUCAGGAGACAGGAGAACAUGUGUUGGUCACUGCUGGAGAGGUUCAUCUGCAGCGCUGCUUAGAUGACCUCAGAGAGAGAUUUGCGAAAAUUGAGAUCAGCGCUUCCGAUCCCAUUAUCCCAUUCCGUGAGACUGUUAUUCGACCCCCCAAAGUGGACAUGGUAAACGAGGAGCUGGGUAAACAACAGAAGGUGGCAGUAAUUCACCAAGUCAAAGAAGAGCAGGCCAAGAACCCAGAGGGCAUGCAGGUCGACCCCAGCGGCCUGGUGACUCUCACGACCCCAAACAAGAUGGCCACGGUCAGUGUGAGGGCCAUACCGCUGCCCGAGGAAGUGACUCGCUUGCUGGAGGCUAACGCUGAGCUCAUUCGAACCAUGGAGCAGUUCAGCUUGUGUGCACGCGAGGGCAAGACGCUGGACAUUAACCAGAAAACCUUGGAGCUCAUCCAAGACCUCAAAGACAAGUUGGAGAGCCACCUUCAGGGUCAUAAGUGGAGAAACGCAGUCAAUCGCAUCUGGUCGUUCGGCCCAAAGCGCUGCGGGCCAAACGUCCUUCUGAACAGCGUGGAGGGCUACCAGCGGCCGUCCGUGUGGCAGUGUCUGCAGUGUGAACGAGAGAAGGAGAAAGGGCGCGGAACGACGCUCAGGGAUUUUGACAACAGCAUCGUCAGUGGCUUUCAGCUGGCUACUCUUGCUGGACCCAUGUGCGAGGAGCCACUUAUGGGGGUGUGCUUUUCUGUAGAGAAAUGGGAGAUGACAUUACCCACACAGUUGCUUCACCAAGUCUCUGUAGAAGAAGACUCAGUUUCCCAGCGUUCUUCCACGGAGACCAGUGAUCGCAAGGACGGCGACUUUGCUGAAAAGACCGAUGAGGAGCUUCAAGGAGGGAGUGAGACCGACAUGCCCUCGUCAUCAUCAGGUUCCACCCAAAGCAAGCGUAAAACAGAUGCUGUAGGGGGACUGAUGGACUGCUAUGGGCCUUUCUCUGGCCAGCUUAUAGCUGCUAUGAAAGAGGCAUGCAGAAACGCUUUCCAGGCUAAACCACAGCGUCUAAUGGCUGCCAUGUACACCUGUGAGAUCAUGGCAACAGCUGAGGUUCUAGGUCGCGUGUAUGCUGUCCUGUCUAAGCGCGAAGGCCGGGUGUUGAAUGAAGAGAUGAAAGAGGGGACAGACAUAUUCAUUAUUAAAGCUGUGCUGCCUGUGGCUGAGAGCUUUGGAUUCGCCCACGAGAUCAGAAAGAGGACCAGCGGCCUAGCCAGUCCACAGCUAGUCUUCAGCCACUGGGAGGUGAUCUCCAGCGAUCCUUUCUGGGUACCCACCACUGAAGAGGAGUACCUGCACUUUGGAGAGAAGGCUGACUCAGUCAAUCAAGCACUUAAAUAUGUGAACUCUGUUCGCAAGCGCAAAGGCCUGUACGUGGAGGAAAAAAUAGUGGAACACGCUGAGAAACAGCGAACUCUCAGCAAGAACAAAUGAUCUUCAGCAGAGUUCCACUCUUUCAGUCCACAAUCCGAUUGG